ACGGCUCCUUCCCCAUGAGCCAGCGCAGCUUCCCGCCGUCCUUCUGGAACAGCACGUACCAGCCCUCAUCCGUCCCCGCCACGCUGAGCAGCCCCCUGGCAGCAGCCGCCCACGGCGAGCUGCCCUUUGCCACCGCUGACCCCUACGCGCCGGCCUCGCUGCACGGCCACCUGCACCAGGGCGGCCCCGAGCCCUGGCACCAUGCCCACCACCACCACCACCACCACCACCACCCCUACCUGGGCGCGCAGAGCGGCGCCUACCCCCGCCCCGCCACCAUGCACGAGGUCUACGGCCCCCACUUCGACCCGCGCUACGGCUCGCUGCUCGUGCCCGCCGCCUCCGUCCGCCCGCACCGCCUCACGCCGGCCUCCGUGCCCGCGCCCGUCAGCCCGCAGUGCGAGUUGGGCAAGAGCGAGGCGGGCGCCGCCGCCGCCGCCUGGACGACGCCGGCACCCUUCCCCAGCGCCACAGGCGACGUGGCGCAGAGCCUCGGCCUCAACGUGGAUGCAGCUCGACGUUACUCCUUCUGUGGUGGAUCCCUUCUGAGCUGAUCUGCUGCCUCCUGCCCCCCUUGCCC